CUCAUUAUGGCAGGCACCCAAAAGAGGCAUAACAUUGACGACGCCAUCUAUCCACAAGAUAGGUGAAUCAAGGUGCUGGACAACAACUUCCAGCUGGACCUGACUAUUUUCAAAUGUUAGGAUCCGGUCAUCCCCGGGAUCAUGAAGCGGCGCUAUCUCUGGACCGCCCUCCACAAAUCUAAGCCGGUGCCAGAAAUCUACCUCCAACAGCUAUGGGGACACAUGCGCACCGAGUCCACAAAAGACCGCUCCAAAAUCCUCACAAAGCUCAACAACAUGAGGAUGGUCCUGACACCAGCAACUCUAUGCUCUACACUGGCGCUCCCGGUACAAGACAACUACGAUCCUCUGUCAUCUAUUCCGGACCUUCUCAAAGAUGUCACGGCACUGGGUUAUGCCUCUCUACUCCCCAAACUGUCAAACUUCAAUGGAGCCUACCUACAUCGUCCGUGGAAGAGCUUGUUCGGGCUAGUCAACAAGUGCCUGUCACCAAAGCAUGUCGGGCUUGACAAAUGCAACAAGUAGAUCCUCUGCGUCUACCACGGUAUUGCAUACAACAAGAACUACAACAUGGCUCAGCUCUUCUUCUCAUAGCUCAUGGACCUGGUAAAAGCAAAGGAGAAGAACAGGUCAGGCACCAUCUCAUACGCCAGGUGGCUGGGGCUGAUCAUCCAUGACUGCAUGGCAGAGCACACCUCCAUUCCUCGACGCGGUGACGAUCCACACUUCACAGCCCCAAAGCUCCAAUAUUUCAAAGCUGACAAGAAAGCUCCUCAGGGACUGCGGAUUCCAGAUGUCCUACUGAAUCUUGCAAACCAGACCAAUCCUGCAGUCCUACAGUAUAGAGAGAUUGUAGAGAGAAUUGUCCCUAUGGUUCAGCAAAACCCAGCUGGACCUACCCAAGGGACCAAUCCAAGUAAGGGUCCCAAGAGAGCCCCAAAGCCACAAAAGCCAGUGGCAUGUCGGCCCGAUGAAGGAGAGUCCGAUGAAUCUUCCAAGAGGACUCGGACGGUUGAGGGCAAACCGACGAACGCUGAGGAACCAACUGAUGACUCGCUCAGCCCGGCCCACAAAGAGGCUGACAACGAGGCUUCCGAUAGCGUGGCCAGAAGUGACGAUGACGAUGAUGAUGAUGACGAUGACAUCGACGAUGUUGAGCACACCUUUGCUCUCAUCAAAAAAGGGAAGCUGCCUAUUGAAUCUCCUCCAAAGAAAAUCUCCGUUGAGGAUGCAGCCCCCAUCAUUGCUACACGCCCCAAGGAGCUCGUCAUCAAGACCGUGGAGGCCGGUCAUACUAUAGCAAGAGCUACCGGCAUCGUCAGGGAGCAACGCAUCAAAGCUAAAAAUGAUGCUCCCCAGUCUCUCAUCCCCAAGAAGCGGCGCCUCGUCAAAAGAAACCUAGUUGACGAGGACGACAUGUAUAUCUUCGCCGACUGUCAACCCUUCAUCAAUAUAAGCCGAGCUGAAUCCUUAAGUACAGGAGCCGAUCUUUUCGGUUUCCAAGUAGAAGCCACAGCAUCUGGCUCAACUGUGCAUGCACCACCCUCCCCUAGCCACUCGUUAGCCUCCCAACAGGCUAACGUUUCAAAAUCGCGGGACUCACCCACCUCUCUGGUUCCUUCUGAACCAGUUGAGCGAAUUAGUGGCCAACAGCCCGAGGCCACCACCUUUUCCUUGAGCACAUCGAGUCUAGGUGUCACACUCCCUACAUUUUCUAAUUUUUCUAGGACACCUACACUAUUCACCGCACAUACAGGUGCACGCACCCUGGAAGCAAUGACCAGAGUGCAAAUGAUGACGGUCGAAAGCCCUGCUACGCCCACAAUGAUUCCAUCAUUGAAUGCAGGCCACACAUCAGCCCUCUUCACUGAUGCUGUGACAACAGUUACAACCCCUGUAACUGAACACCUCACUACCGAAGACGUUACCGUUCUUAUGCAUCGUUUCAUGGAUUCCACCAUUAAGCCAUGGGUGCAACAAGCAUUUACCGCUUGGGCACAUGAAUCCAAGACCACCCCGGCGGUGCAUAGUGAACACAGCCAGCCUGAACCACACCCAUCACCUUCUCACUCCCAAUCUCAACCCUCUCCAGUCAUCUCCGCCACCUCCACCAAAGCCCAUAGCCCUACCUCUUCUCGGGGAACCCAUUAUACAGACCAAGUAUCAUCCCCACACCCGACCACACCUCCCAUUGAACUACUUUCCCAACCCUUCGAGGUCCUGGCAUCGGCCUUGCUGGAUCAUCUCCUUAACAUACCUCACACCGAUCUCACUCCCUACCAGCAAGGCAUCCUUACUGCCCUUCUCUCUGAUCCGGACACCAAGGGCACCUGCCGUGAAAGUCUCCGUGGUCGCAAACGUUCACAUGAGGAUCCCGACGAUCCCAAACCUCAUGAGGGGGAGAACAAGAGGCCACGGAUACUCGAGCAAGGUGCCUCUACCAGCCACACCCCCAAACCGAACAACUCGAGACUUCCACUAACCAACCACCACCUACCUCUAGCCAAAACCAAGUCCAUCUCUCUAGCGUGGUCGAGCUAGAUGAAACAUCCCGAGGCUUAUCUCCUAGAGAUAUUGUUUGAGGAGGGGGUGGAAGUCUUGGUGAUGCUACUGCGAGUACAUCCUUAAAAUCAGGCCAUCAGUCAGAACCCAGUUCUAAGCUGAUGUCAACGGGCAAUCCGAGUGAACCCGAUUGUGCUACCCAAGAACAAUCACCGCUCCAACAGCAGCAAAGAGUUCCAUACAUUCCCCCAGGCAAGGACAUCCACGACGCACUGGAGGAUGCGGUGAUACAUGAUAAAUGUACGAGGAAGAGAUAUUUAAAGCUGAUGAUUGACCAUGCGAGUAUCUUUACGCCCCCAAAAUAGCAAGUCGGAGGACCAAACGGUCAAGUCAACAGUACAUGCAUUUAAUGAAGCUGUCUUCUACACUCCAACGGGAAGACUGCUCCCAGUAUAUAAGAUACACUCUGAAGAACUAAGAAGAUAACUUUUGCCAUAACUUUGCCAAGAUAAAUUUGCAUAAACAACCUUCUUGAGAUUAAAACUCCAUUCCUAACAAGAAAAGGCCACAGUUGGAAGAUAAACUUUCGUAUCCUUCAUCCAACUAGCAAAGACAAAGUUACUCAGUUCUUCAACACUUCGAGAGCUUCAUAUACUCAUCUUUUGUGAAGAAGCAACGUUGGAGAAAACUGAUUCUAUAUCAAACACUUCUUGAGAAAGAAGGGACGUCUCAAAUUAGCUGGAGUAAGUGAAGUGGAGAUACUUCAAGAGACUCAGUGAAACGAGACCAGCCAUCAGGAAGCAGGACUGCAUCCCGGGUGGCAACUAGACUUGAAGAAGACGAGGAGUGCUUCUUAAGCUCUAGGGACUAAGGCGUUGUAAACUGUUGUUUUUGCAAGCUUAGUGGAACAGUGGACUAGAGGAACGAGUUGUUCCUUGAACCACUAUAAAAACCCCAGUGUCAUUUACUUUCAGCUUUUAUUUUCUGCACUUAAGAUUCUACCGACUAACUCUUAAGGUUGGACUCUGUGUCCAGCAGAUCUUCCUUCAGAGUUAUCAGAAAGGCACUUUGCCUUAGCUUUCUUCUAGAGGCUACCCGGACAGAAACUUAUCCGCUGCCUGGUCUAGUUCUGCCAUCAGAACUUGACCAUCUCUGUCACCAGAUUUCGACCAUCUCUGAUAAGUCAGACUUGACUUGGAGAAAAGUUUAAAUUCCUGAACAGUCUAUUCACCCCCCCCCCCCCCUCUAGACUGUUCCCAUUACAAACUGGACCAACAAGUGGUAUCAGAGCCUCCUUGUUCUUGUAAUCUUUUAGGUUACUUACUAAACAAGAGAUCCACUUGUUUUAGCCUCUUUAACCUCAUAUUAUGGAUAACACUCUUUCAAAGAAUCUUAUGUUCUCAGUAACAAAGUUUGAUGACUGGAGGAUCCGCAUGAAAGCUCACCUCUGCGCACUCCAUGACGAAAUGUGGGAAGUUCUUGAUGCAGGACCUUUCACAGAGUUCACCAAGGUCAACCCUGAAUAUAUCACUGGUAGUGGUCAACCCCAAAUGAUCACCAAAUUGCGCCAUGAAUGGUCCAAUGAAGAGAGGAGGAAGUACAACCUUGACAACAUUGCCAAGGAUAUCCUCUACAAAGCCAUUGAUGACAAGUACUUCACAAGGAUCAAAAAGUGCAAAUCUGCCAAGGAAAUCUGGGAUACUCUUACACUGAUAGGAGCUGGAGAUGAGCAAGAAAAGGACAACAAACUUACUAUUGCCAUGAAGAAGUUUGAAGAUUUCAAACUUCUACCCAAAGAAUGCAUAGCUGAGAUGUAUGCACGCUUGCUCACCCUCACUGUUGAGAUAUCAGAACUUGGGAAGGAACUUACUCCCAAAGAGAUCAACUUGAAGGUUCUCAGAGGUCUACCUUCACCAUGGAAGAUGAAGGUCACUGCCAUGAGAGAUAGCAAGGACCUCAGAACCUACAACACUGAGAAACUCAUCUCUGAUCUCAAGUCCUAUGAGUUUGAGAUGAAUGAAGAGGAGAAAGAAGAGGACAGAACAACUACUGCUCUCACUGCCAGCACCUCUCAGGUAAAUAAUUUUGACCCUUCUAUUCUUUUAACUGACGAGUAUAUGGCGGCUUUUGCUAGGAAGUUCAGGAAAUUCUUAAAGCCAAAGGAUAGCAGAAGUCCACACUCUAGCAGAAAGCCACACCAGAAGUCCAAACCAUCAGAAAGUAGUGGAGAGCUUCUCUGCUACAACUGCAGACAACCAGGGCACUUCAAAGUCAAUUGUCCACACCCCAUAGUCUCCAAAAGGCAAGGCCAGGAAGGAGAAAAGAAAUACGAGCACCGAAGAAGGAAAGCACUCAUCACUGAACAACCAGAGAAGGACCCCCUCUCUGAGACAGAGUCCAGCUCGGAAUCAGAAUCUGAUGAAGCAUUCUGCUGCCUGGACACAGAAACUGAAGACCUAUGCCUUAUGGGUCAAUCUGAUGACGAGGUAUCUUCUACUUCCAACUCUAGUUUUUCUUCGGUAGGCAGAGCCUUUGAUUCUGAUUCAAUGUCAGAAUUUUGGGAAGAGUUUCAAGCCAUACAAACCACUUAUUCUUCUGUUAAAGAAGAAAACAGUAAGCUUAAGGUUGAAAUCCUUGACUUAAGAAAGGAGGUUGAGAUCAAAAUCAAUCUUCUAAUUAAGGAAAGAGAUCAGCUGGAAGCUGAAAAUGUUUCUCUUCUAAAGAGAAUAAGAGAGAUAGAGCCUCUUGAGAUUAAGUACAAAGCUUACCAGAAGGCCCAGUCUUCCAUGGAAAAGAUUGUACUUGACCAACAAAUUGGCACUGGUUUUGGUCUUGGUUAUGGCUCAACAGAAUCAGGUGAGCCUUCUGUAAUGCCUAGCACCAGAGUUGCUAAGGCAGACAAGGUCAUAGUGCCACUGAUUUCUAGCCCCAUUUGUCAGGCUGGUGUAUAUGGCACCAAGGUUAUUCAUGAGAAUGUCAGACCAGAAAAGGAAAAGAUAAAGGUUCAACAGAAACCCAUUUUAAAAGUUAAUGAACCUGGCAGAAGACCUAACAACAGGAAAGAUUUUCAGAAUACCAAAAAUCAAAGACAAAACCAUAACAGACAAACUCAUGAUAAUCAAGUCAGAAAUGAUCACCAGAAAGGCAGAUAUCAAGAGAAAGUUAACUUUAGGCAGAAAAGGUUGGCUGGUCAACUUAAGAAGCACAAAGUUAAUCGCCCCUCUGAUCUUGAUAAUAUUUGGGACUUCUACCCAACUAAAAAGGCUAUGCAGAAGUAUGUAAACCGGAAGCAUGAUCCUCAUAAGCAUCUGCCCAAAGUGAAUCACACUUCCGUUUACUAUGACUACCAGGUGGACAAUGGGUACCACCCAUCAAGGUUUCACUUGAUGAGACCAAAGUGGUACCGGCUGCCAAGACUGCAUAACCCCCUAGGACCCAACAUUGCUUGGGUACCUAAAUCUUCCUUUUAAUUUUGUAGGAACUGUGUGCUGGAGCCAUCUCUGAACAAGAUUGGUACAUUGAUAGUGGAUGCUCCAGGCACAUGACAGGUGACAAGAGUUGCCUAACAGAGUUCCAGAAAGUCAAAGGGCCUAGAGUUACCUUUGGAGGUAAUGAUAAAGAUGGCCAGACAAAAGGAAGAGGGAAGCUGAUAAAGAACCAGAUAAUCAUUGAUGACGUCUCUUAUGUCAAGGGAUUGAAAUUCAACUUGCUGAGUGCUAGCCAAUUCUGUGACAAAGGCUACACAGUUGAAUUCUCCAAGGAAGGAUGUUCUGUCAAGCAUGAGACAACUAAAGAAGUGGUUCUAACAGCAACAAGGAAGAAAAACAUCUAUGUAGUUGAUUGGUCAACUGCAAAAGAUGGAAUUUGCCUGAUAGCCAAAGGAGAUUCAAAACUCAGUUGGGAAUGGCACAAGAAACUGAGCCACUUGAAUUUCAAAACAAUCAACAAACUGGCAAGGGAUCACAUUGUUGAAGGUCUACCCAACCUUGUAUACAAAAAGGAGAACUUGUGCAGUGCAUGCCAGAAAGGAAAACAAGUGAAGAACUCAUUCAGACCCAUUGCUGGAAACCUAUCUACUGGUCCUCUGAAUCUAAUCCACAUGGAUUUAUUUGGACCAGUGGAAACUCCAAGUGUCGGUGGCAAGAGAUACACCUUAGUCAUGGUGGAUGACUACUCCAGAUUCACAUGGACCAUUUUUCUGACCAAGAAAAAUGAAACUCUGCAGAAACUACCAUCUCUGCUAAAGCUACUACAGAAUGAGCAGAAUCAGAAAGUCAAAGCCAUCAGAUCAGACAGAGGAACAGAGUUCGUCAACAAGGUCAUACAGGAUUUCUGUGACCAGAAUGGUACAAUGCAUCAACUCUCUGCUGCCAGAACUCCUCAACAAAAUGGAGUUGCAGAAAGAAGAAAUAGAACAUUAAAGGAAGCUGCAAGGACCAUGAUUUCUAAAUCAGGUCUACCCUACAGAUACUGGGCUGAAGCAAUCAAUACUGCAUGCUACACCCAGAACAGGAGCAUGAUUCACAAGACUCAUCAGAAAACUCCUUAUGAAUUAUGGAAAGGACGAAAACCCAACAUCAGCUACUUUCAUGCAUUUGGAUGCAAAUGCUACAUACUCAACAAUGGGAAGGAUCACCUCAAGGUGUUUCAAGAAAAAGCUGAUGAAGGAACAUUCUUAGGCUACUCUAGCACCAGUAAAGCCUAUAGAAUACUCAACAAAAGAACUCUACUUGUUGAAGAAUCGAUUCAUGUCAAGUUUGAUGAUCUCAACUCUGUUGAGAGCAUAACUGAAAACUUGGAGAAAGCAAAUCUAGAAGAAUCACCUGAACUGGAUCCACCAGAGACGGAUACACCAGAGUUGCUAACUAACUCUGCCAUACCAAUUCACCAUCAGAAUCCCAUUCUACAAGGCAAAGAGAGUGAUGAAGAAUCAGAAGAAGAUCAAGAGAAUCCAAGACAACCCCUAUCUGAACCUGAUCUAACUUGGUUAAGAGAUCAUCCUCCUAAUAAAGUGAUUGGACAAAUCAGAAGUGGAGUCCAGACCAGAUCCACAUCAAGGAGAGAAGCAAUGCUUGCCUGCUAUAUAUCUCAGAUGGAACCUAUGACAGUUGAAGAAGCUCUUGCAGACUCAGAUUGGAUCAAUGCUAUGCAAGAAGAGCUCACUCAGUUUGAAAUGAACAAAGUAUGGGAACUUGUUUCUAGGCCAAAGCACCAGAAUGUCAUUGGAACCAAAUGGGUAUUCAAGAACAAAGCAGAUGAAGACGGCAACAUUGUAAGAAAUAAAGCUAGGCUGGUAGCCAAGGGAUACUGCCAAGAAGAAGGAAUAGAUUUUGAUGAGACUUUUGCACCAGUUGCCAGACUUGAAGCCAUCAGAAUAUUUCUAGCCUAUGCUGCUUACAACAACAUCAAGGUCUACCAGAUGGAUGUCAAGAGUGCAUUUCUGAAUGGAGAUCUUGAAGAGGAAGUUUAUGUGGAACAACCACCAGGUUUUGUCAUUCCUACUCAAUCUUCUUGUGUCUACAAGCUUAAAAAGGCCCUCUAUGGUCUUAAGCAAGCUCCCAGAGCCUGGUAUGACACAUUGUCCCUUUUCCUAGUGAACCAUGGGUUUACUAAAGGAAAGGUUGACAAAACUCUAUUUCAAAUCUCUGUUGCUAAUCAUAUUCUGCUAGUACAAAUAUAUGUUGAUGACAUUAUAUUUGGUAGUACUAAUCCAGAACCGUGCAAGAAAUUUUCUCAAGUGAUGCAGAGUCAAUUUGAAAUGAGUAUGAUGGGAGAACUCAGUUACUUCCUAGGACUUCAAGUCAAACAAAUUCCAGAAGGGAUCUUUAUCAACCAAGGGAAGUACACCAGAGAUCUGAUCAAGAAGUUUGGAGUGGAAGGCAAAUCAUCAGUGAAGAUUCCCAUGAACACUUCACAAGGGAUUGGUCCAGAUGAUGAAGGAAAGGAUGUAGAUGCAACAACAUACAGAGGAAUCAUAGGAUCUCUACUGUACCUGACUGCAAGCAGACCAGAUAUCUCAUUCUCUGUUGGAAUCUGUGCCAGAUACCAAUCAAAGCCUAAGGAAAGCCAUCUAAGUGCUGCAAAGAGAAUCAUCAGAUACAUCAAAGGAAAUCCAAAUGCAGGCUUAUGGUAUCCCAAAGGAGGUAACUUUGAACUAAUUGGUUAUUCUGACUCAGAUUUUGCAGGUUGCAGACUAGACAGAAAGAGCACCUCUGGUCACUGCCAAUUGCUAGGAGGAAGGCUUGUUUCCUGGUUUAGCAAGAAGCAGAACUCCAUCUCAACCAGUACAACUGAAGCUGAGUACAUUGCAGCUGGGAGUUGCUGUGCUCAGUUACUCUGGAUGAAGCAACAACUGAAGGACUAUGGAAUUCAAGCAAAGGAGAUCAAGCUGUUGUGUGACAACACCAGUGCUAUUGCUAUCACUCAGAAUCCAGUUCUUCACUCCAGGACAAAGCACAUUGAGAUCAGACAUCACUUCAUCAGAGAUCAUGUUGAGAAGAAGCAUAUCUGUAUGGAACAUGUACCUACAGAGGAUCAACUUGCAGACAUUCUAACCAAGCCUUUACCUGAGGCAAGGUUUAACAAGCUAAGGGAAGAAUUGGGAAUGAUGGAUGAUCUUCCCAGAGAUGCAUGAACCAGAGAUUCACUGAACCAGAACUGCUUACUUCUGCAUCAGAAACUCGGAUCAGAGAACCUCUAUCUCUGAUCAUCAGAAUCUCACAUCAGAGAACCUCCCCUUCUCUGACCAGAGUUCCUCAACCGAAAGACAACAGAUAUGGAUGUGGAGUUAGCAAUAUUUCGAGGUACGGGCAAGACCUAAUUAACUGAAACGGUCUUUUACCAAAAUACCCCUGAUCGUUACUCUUCUAACGGAAACGUUUUCCGCCCGCAUUUCAUUAAAUGCUGCCUCGAAACUACCAAUAUACCAAACGUCCACUAUUCCUAACUCCUUUAUAUCCACCGUCUUCGACCCAAAUCCCUACUGCAACUUCAUCUCUCUUAAACUGCUCUAGCAUUCAAAGCCUUCAGAUCCCAAAACUUUCCAAUCCCCAGAACUUUUCUUAACCGUCACUCAAAAUGAACUUCCUGAACAUCAACGACCUUUCUAAGGAAGAAGCAAAAACUCUCAUCGCCAACGUUGUAUCCGGCAUGAAGGUUGACAUGUCGUCCCUACCCCUCCUUGCAGAAAACCAGAAGAGGAUGACCAAGAUCAUCCAAGGGAUGACUGAUUCACAACUGUCUAAGGUUGUUGCUCAUCCCUAUGAGCACUUCAGCAUCAAGGAUGUGGCUGAGUUCUACCUCAACGCCACCAUCUCCAAGACCGGAGUUCACUCCUCCGUACAGGGUCAACGCAUCUUCUUGAAUGCAGAUGCACUUAAUGAAUUCUUUGGAGUUCAACUUGACUCCCAAGACCCGGAAGCCAACAAUCUUACUGCUCUUGACUCAGUGGAAGUCUCCACUGAAGGCUUUGUUCAGACAUACUGCCGUCUGGAGGCUGCCGGACUGGACAAACUCUACAUGAAGAAAUUUCUACUGAAAAAGGACUUUGAGAAGCUUGUCACCAUUCUGCACCGAUGCUUGUGGUGCAAAACAGCCUCAACUGAUGAGAUGAACAAGAACAAUGCAAAGGCAAUCUUUGCAGUUCACCAUGGCAUGAACAUCAACUGGAGAGAGGUAAUCUUUGGCUCCCUAACUGAGUUCAUCAAGAAGAAAGACUCUGAAACAGGUCUUUUCUCAACCAAGAUGGGACAUGGUCUUCUCAUCUCUGCCAUCCUUGCUGCAAAAGGAGUUCAACUCAGGGAUCCCAUCCCAGUUGAUCACUCCAAGACCAUCUUCCUCACAGUCUCUCCAAAAUUCAAUAUUGCCAUCUCUUCUGAACUUAGGAGAGAGGAAAGGCUGGAGAAGAAAAGGGAAGAACAGACUGCUAAGGCCAAACCUGCUGCCAAGAAAGUUACCAAAAAGCCCAAACAACCUGAGCAGUCACAGGUUGUAAGGGAGGUCAGACAGAAGAAGAAAAGUGACAAUCUGUCACUACCAGAGGAGGAAACAGCAGAAGAGGUUGCACCAGAGUUGCCCUCCCCAAAGGCAAUCAGGAAAUCUGCUGCCAGAAAACAGAAGCAGAAGAGGAGAAGAAAGAUGAUUGUGCAGAGUGGUGACUCUGACAACUCAACCACUCAACCAAGGCAGAAGAAGAGGAAAACUAAAGUAAUCUCACCUGCCAAGGAUUCAGCAAUUCAGGGGGAACUUGCACCAGAAUCUGGCACUCUACCAGAGACUUACCCAGAAUCUGCACCAGAGUUGCCAAACUCUGCUCUCUCACCAGAGCGUGAAGCCUCACCAGAGAUGGACCAAGAAACCGACUUCAACAUCAUUCUGCAAAAGCAGUUUGACAGAGUCCUAGCUUGGAGAAGAUGGAGAAUGGGACCUCUUCAACAAAUCAUCCAAUACUUUGAUGCCUAUGAAGAAGAAGAAGCUGAUGUUCUUCACUUGGUAGGCACAGAUGAUGUGUCAAAAUGCUUCAAUCUUACCUUUCUGAUUUCUGUCCUACAAAAGAAGAAAGACAGAUAUCAAGGUAAAGCUCCAACAUCUGAUCUUUCUACAGAAAGGCAUGUCAAAGCCUUGGAAGAAGAAGAAAUGGAAGCAUUUGAUACUUGGCUGAUGGAGAAGAAGAGAAAAGAAUCAAUGAUCAAAUUUCGCCAUAGUGCUCUUGAGGAAGGAGAACCAUCCACUGCGAAUGACAUUGCUCUGACUAUGGAAAGUCUGAUCAAGGAGUGGAGAGAAUCCGUAUUCUCUAAGAUUGUUCUUGAGGUAAUUCCUACACCUCCUCCUUCCCCUCCCCAAUCUCCUAUUACUCUACCCUCUCCCUCCAAAUCUCCAUCUAAACCUUUAUCCCCACCUCACCAGAAAACCCCUUCACCAGAACAGAAAACCCCUUCACCAGAACAGAAAACCCCUUCACCAGAACAGAAAACCUCACCCUCCACCAGAACACCAUCUCACAAGAAACCCAACUCCAGACCCUCUUCACCGUGCAAACAACCCUCAUUUACCAGAAAUCGAUCACCUUCACCCCCUCCAUCUGUCAGAUAAAGUUACUGCACUAACCGAGAAUCUGCACAACUUCAUGCAUUCGUCUUCCUCAAGGAUUGAUUCUGUCUCCAGAGAUGUUAGUGGACUCAACUCUGUUCUCCACUCUCACUCUCAAGCUCUGCUUGCCCAGAAUCAGACAAUCAACAAGAUCUCAGAAUCUGUUCACAUCCUUCAGAAAUCUGCUGAUAGUUCCUCCCAGAAACUCAACAUCUUACACUCCCUCUGCAAGGAACAUCAAGAGCAAGGCCUAGCUCUUCUCAAAUCUGACAGAGAAAGGUACCAGAAGAUGGUGCUCCUAGAGGUCAGCACCAGGGAUCUUCAAUCUGCAGUAGACAAGCAACAAAGCCUGAUUGAAGGACUUGCCUCUGUCACUCAAACUCUGCCAGAAACCCUGGAUGAAAUCAGAGAUGCUCAAGCCUCUGAGUUCUCCAAGAUUGAACUUCUCCUUGGUAAUCUUUGUGAUGCCAAAAAGGGGGAAGAUACCAGAGAAGAAGGACCCAGCACCAGAGCUCUUUCUAUCAGAGAACCCUCUUCUGUUGAUCCUACUCCUUAUUUUGAUGCUACCAGAAAGAAAAGGCUAGCUGCUACAGGCACCAGACCCCCACCUCCUCCUCCUAGAAGCUCAAAGAAAAAGCCUUCAUCCUUUUCAUUCACUGAUUGGAUGAAGAGUGGUCUGUCAAGGCCAGAUAGAGUUCAAUUUGAACAUAUGAGGAAAUUGAUGACUCCUCUUCAAAGAGAGAAUCUGUUCAUGGAGAAUGAUGGACUUGUCCAGAUCAACCAUGGUGGUUCGAUCCAAGAAGCUGAGAUGUGGUACGGAAUGAAGAUUCUGAAUGGCAAGAAUUAUGCAGAAGCUGUCAGAAACUAUUUGGAUUGCAAACUUGCACCCCAUUGGGCUGACUAUCAGAAUCCGAGGGAUCUAGCCUCAAUCAGAGCAAAGGUAAAUGCUGAACUAGAGAGAAUUGACAGAGCAGGACCACAGGUAGAUGAAGAAGAUCUCUAACUCUCCUUAUCUGACUAUGUAAUGCUUUACUUUCUCUAACAGUUUAAUAAGAUACCAACUUUGCC